AUGAGGCCGCGCUCGGGCGGGCGCCCUGGGGCCCCGGGCCGCCGCCGCCGCCGCCGCCUGCUCGUCCUCCGCGCCCGCCGCCCCGGCCCCCGGCCCCCGGCCCCGGCCCCGGCCGGCCCCCGCCUGCCGCCGCCGUCGCCGCUGCCGCUGGCUGCUGGCUUGCUGCUGGCGGCCGCGGGCCCCCCGGCGCGGCGCGGGGCCAAGGAGACGGCGUUCGUGGAGGUGGUGCUCUUCGAGUCCAGCCCGAGCGGCGACUACACCACCGACACCACCGGCCUCACGGGCCGCUUCUCGCGGGCCGGCGCCACGCUCAGCGCCGAGGGCGAGAUCGUGCAGAUGCACCCACUGGGCCUAUGUAAUAACAAUGACGAAGAAGACUUGUAUGAAUAUGGCUGGGUCGGAGUGGUGAAGUUGGAACAGCCAGAAUUGGAUCCAAAACCAUGCCUCACUGUUCUAGGGAAGGCCAAGCGAGCAGUGCAGCGGGGAGCCACAGCAGUCAUCUUUGAUGUGUCUGAAAACCCCGAAGCCAUUGACCAGCUAAACCAGGGUUCAGAAGACCCCCUUAAGAGGCCAGUGGUGUAUGUGAAGGGCACAGAAGCCGUGAAGCUGAUGAACAUCGUCAACAAACAGAAAGUGGCUCGAGCACGGAUCCAGUACCGCACCCCUCGACAACCCACAGAAUACUUCGACAUGGGGAUUUUCCUGGCUUUCUUCGUGGUGGUCUCCUUGGUCUGCCUCAUCCUUCUUGUCAAAAUUAAGCUGAAGCAGCGACGCAGUCAGAAUUCCAUGAACAGACUGGCUGUGCAGGCUCUGGAGAAGAUGGAGACCAGAAAGUUCAACUCCAAGAGCAAGGGGCGCCGAGAGGGGAGCUCUGGGGCCCUGGACACACUGAGCAGCAGUUCCACAUCCGACUGUGCCAUCUGCCUGGAGAAGUACAUCGACGGAGAGGAGCUCCGGGUUAUCCCUUGCACCCACCGAUUCCACAGGAAGUGUGUGGACCCAUGGCUUCUGCAGCACCACACCUGCCCCCACUGUCGCCACAACAUCAUAGAACAAAAGGGAAACCCAGGCACUGUGUGCGUGGAGACGGGCAACCUGGCACGCGGCCGGCAGCAGAGGGUGAUUCUGCCAGUGCACUAUCCUGGCCGUGUACACAGGACCAACCCCAUCCCCACCUACCCGACGAGGACCAGCAUGGACUCUCACGGCAACCCUGUCACGCUGCUGACCAUGGAGCGGCCAGGGGAGCAGGGCCUCUACUCACCGCAGACACCUGCCUACAUCCGGAGCUACCCGCCCCUGCACCUGGACCACGCCCUGGCCCCGCACCGCUGCGGCCUGGAGCACCAGGCCUACUCACCCGCCCACCCCUUCCGUCGGCCCAAGUUCAGCGGGCGCAGCCUCGCCAAGGCCACGUGCUUCUCCCAGUACGAGACCAUGUACCAGCACUACUACUUCCAGGGCCUCAGCUACCCCGAGCAGGAGGCCCCAGCACCAUCCAGCAUCUCCCCGCGGGGCCCAGCUCGAGGCAGCCUGCUCUUCCCCACUGUGGUGCAUGUAGGCCCACCCUCCCACCUGGACAGCGGCAGCGCGUCCAGCUUCAGCUGCUACCACGGCCACCGCUCCGUGUGCAGCGGCUACCUGGCCGACUGCCCGGGCAGCGACAGCAGCAGCAGCAGCAGCUCAGGCCAGUGCCACUGCUCCUCCAGCGACUCCGUGGUAGACUGCACCGAGGUCAGCAACCAGGGCGUGUACGGCAGCUGCUCCACCUUCCGCAGCUCCCUCAGCAGCGACUACGACCCCUUCAUCUACCGCAGUCGCAGCCCUUGUCGCGCAGGUGAUGCGGCGCGGGGGCCCGUGGUGCAUCUCGAGGGCUCCCCGGUCCCAGAGGAGCUCCCGGCUGCCCAGGGUCAGGGUGCCGGGCAGGGUGAGCCCUGGUCUACCCCGACCUCUGCAGCCGGAGACCAGCUGUCCACCUGCAGCCUGGAGAUGAACUAUAGCAGCAACUCUUCCCUGGAGCCCCCGGGGCCCAACAGCUCUACCUCAGAAGUGGGGCUCGAGGCCUCCUCGGGGGCUGCCCCCGAGCUCAGGAGAACCUGGAAGGGGGGCCGGGAGGGGCUGUCUUGUGCCUGCUGCUGUGAGCCCCAGCCAUCUGUUCUGGAGUCCAGUGGAGGAUUGGCAGGCAGCCCCUUGUUCCUGGGCACCCCCCUCUGUGAGGGCUGUGGCCCUGUUGGUGGGGAGACCCCGGCAGGCACCCCCCCAGCACUAUAUGGCCUGCACCCAGACCAUUUGCCCAGGACCGAUGGGGUAAAGUAUGAGGGCCUGCCCUGCUGCUUCUAUGAAGAGACGCAGGUGGCCCAUGGUGGGGCGGGGUGCAGUGGUUACCCCGAGGACUGCUCAGUGAGUGUGCAGUACGCGCUCGCCCACGAGCCAGCACCCCGGGACCUGAGCCAGCGCAUCCCCAUUAUUCCCGAGGAUGUGGACUGUGACACUGGCCUGCCCUCAGACUGCCAAGGGACCCACAACCUCGGCCCCUGGGGGGGCACAUCGGACCCCGGAGCCCCGUGGCCCCCUAAUUGCACAGGUGCUGUCCAGGAGGAAGAACGAGCACUGUGCUACCAGGCCAGGACACUGCUGCUGCCCAACUGCCUGCCCCAGGAGGCUGGGGCAGCCAGGCCCGGCUUCCCUGGGCCACCCCAGGAGACUCAGGAGUCUGGUGCCAUGGCUGUGGAGGUGACAGGACAGUGACCUCGCCCAGCUGACAGUUGUGGCCCCAGCUUCCGGGCUCAGAAGGAAUUCUUCAGUGGAAACAGGAACUGUAUGGAGACUACAAACUCAAACUUCCUACAGGAAAAAAAAAAUCUGAUUUUUUUAGCUUUGACAAACACAAAAGUGGUAAUAAAGAGAGCCCUCCUUCUCAACCCAAAAUGUGAGCCCUUUGUGGCAAUCCCCCCUCCCCAUCCCAUUAACAAACCAACAAAAUUUUGAGUCUUUUGAUAACAUGUUAUUCUUCUGUUUUGUAAAGUGUGUGUGCUUGGGAUUCUGAGGUGUGGGAUUGAGUUCUCUGCUUUGUUUUUUUUUUUAAGAUGUUAUAUGUAAAUGUAAAGUUAUUUAAAUAUAUAUAUUUUAAAGAACCCUAACCGCCAACUUUUGCUGAAAAAGAAAAAAAAAUCACUGCUGCAUUAAUUGAACCACAUCAUGUGGAGUUACUGUUGUUUCCCUGGAGGGAGCUCAGGCCUUUGAAAAGCUCAGGGCUACACCUGCCUUAGAAAAUGAACCAGAAACUUGAAGUAAAGCUAGUUGAUAUGGGUACAGACUCUGAGGAACAAUGCAAAGCUUCCUCUUUCUUUCACCUGGCAAAUCCCGAUUGGAAUGGAAAUUUCAGGUCUUGGAAGCCAUUCAUGCUUCUGCAGCCCUCUAGGGGCGCCCCUGUUUGAGUAGAGGAGGAAUUAGGGCACAGAUCUG